GAAUGCCAUAAACUUGCUCAACUUCCGAACUCUAUAGGCUCCCUCAUGUCUCUACAGUGGUUGUUAUUGUCGGGAUGCCACUCGUUGAGACAAAUCCCAGACUCGAUUGGAAAGUUGACAUCAUUGAUUGAGCUGCAUUUGAAAUUUACGGCCAUUGAAGAAUUACCUGAAUCCAUUGGUUCUUUGAAGGAGCUCAAGACUCUAGAUGCCUCUUAUUGCAAAUCGUUAGCCCGCAUACCCAACUCAAUAGGCAAUUCAACAUCUUUGUCUUGCCUUGACCUAACGGGAUGCCAUAAACUUGCUCAACUUCCGGACUCUAUAGGCUCCCUCGUGUCUCUACCGCGGUUGUUAUUGUCGGGAUGCCACUCGUUGAGACAAAUCCCAGACUCGAUCGGAAAGUUGACAUCAUUGACAGAGCUGCAUUUGAAAUCUAUGGCCAUUGAAGAAUUACCUGAAUCCAUUGGUUCUUUGAAGGAGCUCAAGACUCUAGAUGCCUCUUAUUGUGCAUCGUUAGCUCACUUACCCAACUCAAUAGGCAAUUCAACAUCUUUGUCUUGCCUUGACCUAAGAGAAUGCCAUAAACUUGCUCAACUUCCAGACUCUAUAGGCUCCCUCGUGUCUCUAAAACAUUUGUUAUUGUUGGGAUGCCACUCGUUGAGACAAAUCCCAAACUCGAUUGGAAAGUUGACAUCAUUGACUAUGCUGCAUUUGAAAGCUACGGCCAUUGAAGAAUUACCUAAAUCCAUUGGUUCUUUGAAGGAGCUCAAGACUCUAGAUGUCUCUUAUUGCAAAUCGUUAGCCCGCAUACCCAACUCAAUAGGCAAUUCAACAUCUCUGUCUUGCCUUGACCUAACAGAAUGCCAUAAACUUACUCAACUUCCAGACUCUAUAGGCUCCCUCGUGUCUCUACAGUGGUUGUUAUUGUCGGGAUGCCACUCGUUGAGACAAAUCCCGGAGCUCGAUCGGAAAGUUGACAUCAUUGACUGAGCUGCAUUUGCAAUCUACGGCCAUUGAAAAAUUACCUGAAUCCAUUGGUUUUUGCAAGGAGCUCAAGACUCUAGAUGCCUCUUGUUGCAAAUCGUUAGCCUGCAUACCCAACUCAAUAGGCAAUUCAACAUUUCUAUCUUGCCUUGACCUAACAGGAUGCCAAAAACUUACUCAACUUCCAGACUCCAUAGGCUCUCUCGUGUCUCUAUCAUGGUUGUCAUUGUCGGAAUGCCACUCGUUGAGACAAAUCCCAAACUUGAUCGGAAAGUUGACAUCAUUGACCGAGCUGCAUUUGAAAUCUAUGGCCAUUGAAGAAUUACCUGAAUCCAUUGGAUCUCUAAAGAAGCUCAAGACUCUAGAUGCCUCUUAUUGCAAAUCGUUAGCCCGCAUACCCAACUCAAUAGGCAAUUUAACAUCUCUGUCUCGCCUUGACCUAACAGAAUGCCAUAAACUUGCUCAACUUCCAGACUCUAUAGGCUCCCUCGUGUCUCUACAGCAGUUGUUAUUGUCGGGAUGCCACUCGUUGAGACAAAUCCCAGACUCGAUCGGAAAGUUGACAUCAUUGACUGAGCUGCAUUUGAAAUCUACGGCCAUUGAAGAAUUACCUAAAAGCAUUGGGAAUAUGCAAAACUUAAGGAUAUUGGACAUUAGUGGAACUCCCAUAAUAGAAUUGCUUGAUGACCCGGGAAUAUUGGCAGAACUCCAAGAGUUCAGAGCUUCAGGAUGGAAAAAUCUGGAAGGGUCACCUAGUAAUAAUGGCCAAUUGGUUUCACCAAACAAUCUUGGUUUAGACAAGCUUCAAAAACUAUCAGAAUUGCGCUCUCGCAUACUAGCUCUAGGUAUCACCUACCAAAUCUCGCAAUCACUAAAUCUAUCCCAACUAAACUUUCUCAAGAAACUCACUCUUUCUAAUUGGCUUGAAUGUCUCCCAAACCUUUCUAUAAAACGUUGUAGAAAAGCUGUGAAUCUUGAUUUUGUAUUUUCAAAAGUUCAACCUAUUAGUUGGGCAUUCUAUUUACUUUUUGUCUUGUGAUACAGUUCUCUUAAAGCGUCCCAAGACUCCUCCAGCCAACAACUCAGCCAUGGACUAUCAAAUAGCAGAUUCUAAACAUGUUUGAAGAGAUCAAGACCUUUUGGAAUCUUGGAUGAAGUGAAUAAUUUGCCGGCAAACAUUCUGCCUAUCUCAUACAACUGCCCAAGCCUCAGUCAGAGUUCUUAUUCUUCAAAUGACUUGCCCGGAAAUGUAGUCAUUACCCUAAGUCAAGGUUCACUUGUUAAGAGUAUGGAUUUCCAUCCAGUGCAACAAAUUCUGCUGCUCGUGGGAACAAAUACGGGCAAUGUUAUGGUAUGGGAAGUAGGCAGCGGUGCGAGGAUUGCUUUGAGAAAAUUCAAGGCUUCUCUGGCCAAUGACUAUACAACAUCCAUUAACCGUGUAAUGUGGAGUCCUGAUGGAAUCCUUUUUGGUGUUGCUUAUUCCAAGCACAUGGUGCACAUAUACUCAUAUCAUGGUGGUGAUGACAUAAGGAACCAUCUAGAGCUCGAGGCUCAUGUUGGAAGUGUUAAUGAUCUUGCCUUUUCAUAUCCAAACGGACAAUUAUGUGUUGUGACCUGUGGAGAGGACAGGUUGAUCAAGGUAUGGGAUGCAGUGACUGGGGCUAAACAACAGACUUUUGAGGGUCACGAAGCACCUGUAUAUUCCAUUUGUCCACACAACAGAGAAAAUAUUCAGUUCAUCUUCUCAACAGCAACGGAUGGGAAAAUUAAGGCUUGGUUUUAUGACAACGUGGGGUCAAGAGUUGAUUGGGAUGCACCAGGUCACUCUUUUACCAAGAUGGCAUGCAGUGCUGAUGGAAUAAGGUUGUUCUCAUGUGGAACCAAUAAAGAAGGAGAGUCAUACUUGGUUGAAUGGAAUGAAAGUGAAGGGGCUAUCAAGCGUACCUAUCAUGGACUUGGAAAGAGAUCUGGUGGGUUUGUGCAAUUUGAUACCGCUAAAAACAGAUUUUUGGCUGCUGGAGACGAGUCCAUGGUCAAAUUUUGGGAUAUGGACAAUAACAAUAUUUUGACAAGUACUGAUGCUGACGGUGGAUUGCCGGCUUCACCUUGUAUUAGAUUUAACAAGGAAGGAAUUCUAUUAGCAGUCUCAACAAGUGACAAUAGUAUCAAAAUUUUAGCAAAUGCUGAUGGGAUUAGGCUGCUAAGGACAAUGGACAAUUGGCCUUUUGAUGCUUCUAGAAUCACUCUGGGACCUCUUAUGAAGGACAGUGAGAGCAUGGCCGAUGUGAAGCCCAGAAUUGCUGAUGAGUCAGGAGACAAAUCACGAAUUUGGAAACUGACAGAAAUCAAUGAACCAUUACAAUGCCGGUCCAUAAGGCUGCCUGAUAACUCUACGGCUACGAGGGUCUCGAGAUUAAUCUAUACAAACUCAGGUCUUGCCAUUCUGGCUUUAUCAUCGAAUGCUGUACACAAGCUCUGGAAAUGGCAAAGAAGUGAUCGGAACUUAACAGGCAGGGCUACAACUAGCGUAGUACCACAGUUAUGGCAACCUCCUAGUGGGAUUUUGAUGACCAAUGACAUAAGUGAUACAAAUCCUGAAGACGCAGUUCCGUGCUUUGCACUGUCAAAGAAUGAUUCUUAUCUAAUAUCAGCAUCAGGGGGGAAGAUCUCUUUGUUCAAUAUGAUGACUUUUAAGACAAUGACAACAUUUAUGCCCCCACCACCAGCAGCAACAUUUCUAGCGUUCCAUCCUCAAGACAAUAACAUUAUUGCAAUAGGAAUGGAGGACUCCUCUAUUCAAAUUUACAAUGUUCAAGUUGAUGAGGUCAAGACAAUACUAAGAGGACAUCAGAAAAGAAUAACAGGCCUUGCCUUCUCUAAUGAAUUAGAUGUUCUAGUGUCUUCUAGCACUGACUCUCAGUUGUGUGUGUGGAGCACUGAUGGAUGGGAGAAGCAGGUCAGUAGGUUUCUGCGGAUGCCGACUGGACAAGGUACAACUCCUCUUACUGAUACUCGUGUUCAAUUUCACGUGGAUCAGAUACAUCUACUAGUGGUUCAUGAAACACAAAUCGCCACAUAUGAAGCUCCCAAUCUAGAAUGCCUCCAGCAGGUUUCUCGAGAAGCUUGUGGUCCAAUCACAGAUGCUACAUAUUCAUGCGAUGGCCAAUCAGUUUAUGUGAGCUUUGAAGAUGGAAGCAUCAGUGUUCUUACUGCUUCAACACUCAGAUUGAGAUGUCGUGUGAAUCCUGCCGCUUAUAUCUUUCCAAACCCCAGCUUGAGAAUCUACCCACUAGUCAUUGCAGCACAUCCAUUCGAACCUAACCAGUUUGCACUAGGGCUUACUGAUGGCAAUGUCCAUGUGCUUGAGCCAUUGGAAUGUGAAGGAGAGUGGGGUGCUUCUCCUCCCGUUGAAGAUUGUGUUGGGCCUAGCACGACCUCUGGCACCACCAACUCAAAUCAACUACCUUCGCCCACGGCCAAUGAGGCUAGCCUUGCCCAGAUCUGGGCAAUGCAGCUUCGCCCACGGCAACAAUGGCCACCACCAUGUGAUCUAGGCACGGCCACAAUUAAAAAUGAAAGAAAGAAAAGAAGGUGCUGAAAUUUUAAUUGCGCAGAAUCAUGGUUUUGAUAUCAAUAAUAGUUCAUGUUUUGAUAUGUGUAUGGUCUAAUUGAUGUAGAGUAAUGAAGUAGGUAUGAUACAUUGAGGGAGAUAGGAAAGAUUCAUAAGACGUCGAUAAUUUAUUGCAUACCACAUAAUAGUUUGAAGUAGAUAUGGCGGAGGAGCGUCAUCAUACGGAGUUCUAAGCUCUUCUCCCUACACGCUUUUUGGUGGAGGGGUAAAACCCACGCACGUGGUUGAAUUACAAUCCUAUUUAUAGUGGAUCGUCUGGUUUGCAAGCUGCACGCUUGAUUGCACUUUCCUUGUUCACACUAGUUGACUUCAAGUUGCAUUUUCAACUUUGCUUC